GCGGCCAGGGGCAGACGGCGCAGAGCAACCCCGGCCGCGGCUCCGGUAGCAGCAGUGAGUUCGAUUCCCGCUCCUGCACCGGCUUUAGUUCGCGCUCCCCCGACCCCUGGGCCUCCCGACACCAGUUCCCUGCAGCUCUCCGCGUCCUAUCCCUCCUCCCGCCGCCAGGAUGCCGGUAACCGAGAAGGACCUGGCGGAGGACGCACCGUGGAAGAAGAUCCAGCAGAACACGUUCACGCGCUGGUGCAACGAGCACCUCAAGUGCGUGAACAAACGCAUCGGGAACCUGCAGACAGACCUGAGCGACGGGCUGCGGCUCAUCGCGCUGCUGGAGGUGCUCAGCCAGAAGCGCAUGUACCGCAAGUACCACCAGCGGCCCACCUUCCGCCAGAUGCAGCUCGAGAAUGUGUCGGUGGCGCUGGAGUUCCUGGACCGGGAGAGCAUCAAGCUCGUGUCCAUCGACAGCAAAGCCAUCGUGGAUGGGAACCUGAAGCUUAUCUUGGGCCUGGUGUGGACACUCAUCCUCCACUACUCCAUCUCCAUGCCCGUGUGGGAGGAUGAAGGGGAUGACGAUGCCAAGAAGCAGACGCCAAAGCAGAGACUGCUGGGAUGGAUUCAGAACAAGAUCCCCUACUUGCCCAUCACCAACUUUAACCAGAACUGGCAAGAUGGCAAAGCCCUGGGAGCCCUGGUAGACAGCUGUGCUCCAGGUCUCUGCCCAGACUGGGAAUCCUGGGAUCCACGAAAGCCUGUGGAUAAUGCACGGGAAGCCAUGCAACAGGCAGACGACUGGCUGGGUGUCCCACAGGUCAUCACUCCUGAAGAAAUUAUUCACCCAGAUGUGGAUGAGCACUCGGUGAUGACUUACCUGUCCCAGUUUCCCAAAGCCAAGCUCAAACCAGGGGCACCUCUUAAACCCAAACUCAACCCAAAGAAAGCCAGAGCGUACGGCAGAGGAAUCGAGCCCACUGGAAACAUGGUGAAGCAGCCGGCCAAGUUCACGGUGGACACCAUCAGCGCUGGGCAAGGAGAAGUGAUGGUGUUUGUCGAGGACCCAGAAGGGAACAAAGAGGAGGCACAAGUGACCCCUGACAGUGACAAGAACAAGACAUACUCUGUGCAGUAUCUGCCCAAGGUCACCGGGCUGCAUAAGGUCACAGUCCUCUUCGCAGGACAGCACAUCUCCAAGAGCCCAUUUGAAGUGAAUGUUGACAAGGCCCAGGGUGAUCCCAGUAAAGUCACUGCAAAAGGCCCAGGAUUGGAAGCUUCAGGGAACAUUGCCAACAAGCCCACCUACUUUGACAUCUACACGGCAGGAGCCGGCGUGGGUGACAUCGGUGUUGAGGUGGAAGAUCCCCAGGGGAAGAACACCGUGGAGUUGCUUGUGGAAGACAAAGGAAACCAGGUGUACCGAUGUGUAUACAAACCAGUGCAGCCCGGCCCCCACGUGGUCAAGGUCUCCUUUGCCGGAGACACUAUUCCUAAGAGUCCCUUCUUUGUGCAGGUUGGAGAAGCCUGCAGUCCAAAUGCCUGUCGGGCCAGUGGCCGAGGCCUGCAGCCCAAAGGCGUCCGCAUCCGGGAGACUGCAGACUUCAAGGUUGAUACCAAAGCUGCUGGAAGCGGGGAGCUCAGCGUAACCGUGAAGGGUCCUAAGGGUCUGGAGGAGCUGGUGAAGCAAAAAGGCUUCCAGGAUGGAGUCUAUACCUUCGAGUAUUACCCCAACACCCCAGGGAAAUACAGCGUCGCCAUCACAUGGGGGGGGCACCACAUUCCAAAGAGCCCCUUUGAAGUUCAAGUUGGCCCUGAAGCAGGCAUGCAGAAAGUCCGCGCAUGGGGCCCUGGACUCCAUGGUGGGAUCGUCGGAAGGUCGGCCGACUUCGUAGUGGAGUCCAUUGGCUCUGAAGUGGGGUCACUGGGGUUUGCUAUUGAAGGCCCAUCUCAGGCGAAGAUUGAAUAUGACGACCAGAAUGAUGGAUCGUGUGACGUUAAAUAUUGGCCCAAGGAACCUGGCGAAUAUGCCGUUCACAUCAUGUGUGAUGACGAAGACAUCAAGCAUAGCCCAUACAUGGCCUACAUCCACCCAGCCACAGGAGACUACAACCCAGACCUGGUGCAAGCAUAUGGGCCAGGUUUGGAGAGAUCCGGGUGCAUCGUCAACAACCUGGCUGAGUUCACCGUGGACCCCAAAGAUGCUGGAAAAGCUCCCCUGAAGAUAUUUGCUCAGGAUGGGGAAGGCCAGCCCAUUGACAUCCAGAUGAAAAGCCGGAUGGACGGCACGUACGCCUGCUCAUACACCCCACAGAAGGCCAUCAAGCACACUAUCGCUGUGGUCUGGGGAGGUGUGAACAUCCCACACAGCCCCUACAGGGUCAACAUUGGGCAAGGCAGCCAUCCCCAGAAGGUCAAAGUAUUUGGGCCAGGUGUGGAGAGAAGUGGUCUGAAGGCAAAUGAGCCUACCCACUUCACAGUGGACUGUACCGAGGCUGGGGAAGGUGAUGUCAGCGUCGGCAUUAAAUGUGAUGCUCGGGUGUUAAGUGAAGAUGAGGAAGAUGUGGAUUUUGACAUUAUCCACAAUGCCAAUGACACGUUCACGGUCAAAUAUGUGCCUCCCGCUGCUGGGCGAUACACUAUCAAAGUUCUCUUUGCAUCUCAGGAAAUCCCCGCCAGCCCUUUCAGAGUCAAAGUCGACCCUUCCCAUGACGCCAGCAAAGUGAAGGCAGAAGGCCCAGGGCUCAGCAAAGCAGGUGUGGAAAAUGGGAAGCCAACCCACUUCACUGUCUACACCAAAGGGGCUGGGAAAGCCCCACUCAACGUGCAGUUCAACAGUCCCCUUCCAGGCAAUGCAGUGAAGGACUUGGAUAUCAUCGAUAAUUACGACUACUCCCACACUGUUAAAUACACGCCCACUCAGCAGGGCAAUAUGCAGGUUCUGGUGACAUAUGGUGGUGAUCCCAUCCCUAAAAGCCCAUUCACCGUGGGCGUUGCUGCUCCGCUGGAUCUAAGCAAGAUAAAAAUUAAUGGGCUGGAAAACAGAGUGGAAGUUGGAAAGGAUCAGGAGUUUGCCAUUGACACCAAGGGGGCCGGAGGCCAGGGGAAGCUGGACGUGACGAUCCUAAGCCCCUCGAGGAAGGUUGUACCGUGCCUGGUGGCACCCGUGGCAGGGCGGGACAGCAGCACAGUCAAGUUCACCCCUCGGGAGGAGGGGCUUUACGCCGUCGAUGUGACCUAUGAUGGACACCCCGUGCCUGGAAACCCCUACACCAUGGAGGCCUCCCUGCCACCAGACCCCAGCAAGGUAAAGGCUCAUGGUCCUGGUCUUGAAGGUGGCCUUGUGGGCAAGCCUGCCGAGUUCACCAUCGACACCAAAGGAGCCGGCACUGGCGGCCUGGGCCUCACUGUGGAAGGUCCCUGCGAGGCCAAGAUCGAAUGCUCCGACAAUGGAGAUGGGACCUGCUCUGUAUCCUACCUCCCUACCAAACCCGGGGAGUACUUUGUCAACAUACUCUUUGAAGAUGUCCACAUUCCUGGUUCUCCAUUCAAAGCCGACAUCGAAAUGCCAUUCGACCCCUCUAAAGUGGUGGUGUCGGGACCGGGUCUUGAGCCUGGGAAAGUAGGUGAAGCUGGGCUGCUUAGCGUUGACUGUUCAGAAGCGGGGCCCGCAGCCCUGGGCCUGGAAGCCGUCUCAGAUUCGGGAACAAAAGCGGAAGUCAGUAUUCAGAACAACAAAGAUGGCACCUAUGCGGUGACCUACGUGCCCCUGACCGCCGGCAUGUAUACGCUGACCAUGAAGUAUGGCGGUGAGCUGGUGCCGCACUUCCCUGCCCGGGUCAAGGUGGAGCCUGCUGUGGACACCAGCAGAGUCAAAGUUUUUGGGCCAGGGAUAGAAGGAAAAGAUGUGUUUCGCGAAGCCACCACUGACUUCAUGGUUGACUCACGGCCCCUAACCCAGGUCGGGGGGCACCACAUCAAGGCCCACAUUGCCAACCCCUCAGGGGCCUCCACCGAGUGCUUCGUCACAGACAAUGCUGAUGGGACCUACCAGGUGGAGUACACACCCUUUGAGAAAGGCCUCCAUGUAGUGGAGGUGACAUACGACGAUGUGCCCAUCCCAAACAGCCCUUUCAAGGUGGCCGUAACCGAAGGCUGCCAGCCAUCUCGGGUUCAAGCCCAAGGACCUGGAUUGAAAGAGGCCUUUACCCACAAACCCAAUGUCUUCACUGUGGUUACCAGAGGAGCAGGAAUUGGUGGGCUUGGCAUAACUGUUGAGGGACCAUCCGAGUCAAAGAUAAACUGCAGGGACAACAAAGAUGGCAGCUGCAGUGCUGAGUACAUUCCCUUUGCUCCAGGAGAUUAUGACGUUAACAUCACCUAUGGAGGAGCCCACAUCCCUGGCAGCCCCUUCAGAGUUCCUGUGAAGGACGUCGUGGACCCCAGCAAGGUCAAGAUUGCUGGUCCAGGGCUGGGCUCAGGCGUCCGAGCCAACGUCCUGCAGUCCUUUACGGUGGACAGCAGCAAGGCUGGCCUGGCCCCGCUGGAAGUGAGGGUGCUGGGUCCACGAGGCCUGGUGGAGCCAGUGAACAUGGUGGACAAUGGGGAUGGCACGCACACAGUGACCUACACCCCAUCCCAGGAAGGGCCUUACAUGGUCUCUGUUAAAUAUGCUGAUGAAGAGAUCCCUCGCAGUCCAUUUAAGGUCAAGGUCCUUCCCACAUAUGAUGCCAGCAAAGUGACCGCCAGUGGCCCUGGCCUCAGUUCCUACGGAGUGCCUGCCAGUCUGCCCGUGGAGUUUGCAAUCGAUACCAGAGAUGCUGGGGAAGGCCUUCUUGCUGUUCAGAUAACGGACCAAGAGGGAAAACCCAAAAGAGCCGUUGUUCAAGACAAUAAAGAUGGCACUUAUGCUGUCACCUACAUCCCUGACAAGACCGGUCGCUAUUCGAUUGGGGUCACCUAUGGAGGGGAUGACAUCCCAUAUUCUCCUUACCGCAUCCGGGCCACCCAGACGGGCGAUGCCAGCAAGUGCCUGGCCACCGGUCCCGGAAUCGCCUCCACCGUGAAAACCGGUGAGGAAGUGGGCUUCAUGGUCGAUGCCAAGACCGCUGGGAAAGGGAAAGUGACCUGCACCGUUCUGACCCCAGACGGCACUGAGGCCGAGGCCGAUGUCAUUGAGAACGAGGAUGGCACCUACGACAUCUUCUACACGGCCGCCAAGCCGGGCACCUACGUGAUCUACGUGCGUUUUGGUGGCGUCGAUAUUCCCAACAGCCCCUUCACCGUGAUGGCCACGGAUGGGGAAGCCACAGCUGUGGAGGAGGCACCGGUAAAUGCAUGUCCCCCUGGAUUCAGGCCCUGGGUAACCGAGGAGGCCUAUGUCCCAGUGAGUGACAUGAAUGGCCUGGGAUUUAAGCCUUUCAACUUGGUCAUCCCGUUUGCAGUCAGGAAAGGAGAAAUUACUGGGGAGGUCCACAUGCCUUCUGGGAAGACGGCCACCCCCGAGAUUGUGGACAACAAGGACGGCACGGUCACCGUCAGAUACGCCCCCUCGGAGGUCGGGCUCCAUGAGAUGCACAUCAAAUAUAUGGGCAGCCACAUCCCUGAGAGCCCGCUCCAGUUCUACGUCAACUACCCCAACAGUGGGAGCGUGUCUGCUUACGGCCCAGGCCUGGUGUAUGGUGUGGCCAACAAAACCGCCACCUUCACCAUCAUCACCGAGGACGCGGGAGAAGGGGGUCUGGACCUGGCUAUUGAGGGGCCCUCAAAGGCCGAAAUCAGCUGCAUUGACAACAAAGAUGGGACGUGCACGGUGACCUACCUGCCCACUCUGCCAGGCGACUACAGCAUCCUGGUCAAGUACAACGACAAGCACAUCCCGGGCAGCCCCUUCACAGCCAAGAUCACAGAUGACAGCAGGCGCUGCUCCCAGGUGAAGUUGGGCUCUGCAGCCGACUUCCUGCUUGAUAUUAGUGAGACCGACCUCAGCACCCUGACGGCCAGCAUCAAGGCCCCGUCUGGCCGUGACGAGCCCUGUCUCCUCAAGAGGCUGCCCAACAACCAUAUCGGCAUCUCCUUCAUCCCUCGGGAGGUAGGCGAACACCUGGUCAGCAUCAAGAAGAACGGCAACCAUGUGGCCAACAGCCCUGUGUCUAUCGUGGUGGUCCAGUCGGAGAUUGGUGAUGCCCGCAGAGCCAAAGUCUACGGCCGAGGCCUGUCAGAAGGCCGGACUUUCGAGAUGUCUGACUUCAUUGUGGACACGAGGGAUGCAGGUUACGGCGGCAUAUCCUUGGCGGUGGAAGGCCCCAGCAAAGUGGACAUCCAAACAGAGGACCUGGAGGACGGCACCUGCAAGGUCUCCUACUUCCCUACUGUGCCCGGGGUCUACAUUGUCUCCACCAAAUUUGCUGACGAGCAUGUGCCCGGGAGCCCAUUUACCGUGAAGAUCAGCGGGGAGGGAAGAGUCAAGGAGAGCAUCACCCGCACAAGUCGGGCCCCGUCUGUGGCCACUGUCGGGAGCAUCUGUGACCUGAACCUGAAAAUCCCAGAAAUUGACAGCAGUGACAUGUCGGCCCACGUCACCAGCCCUUCAGGCCGCGUGACUGAGGCAGAGAUUGUGCCCGUGGGGAAGAACUCACACUGCGUCCGGUUUGUGCCCCAGGAAAUGGGCGUUCACACGGUCAGCGUCAAGUACUGCGGUCAGCACGUCACGGGCAGUCCCUUCCAGUUCACUGUGGGGCCGCUCGGCGAGGGGGGUGCCCACAAGGUGCGGGCAGGAGGCCCCGGCCUGGAGAGGGGAGAAGCGGGAGUGCCAGCCGAGUUCAGCAUCUGGACCCGGGAAGCAGGCGCCGGGGGCCUGUCCAUCGCUGUUGAGGGCCCCAGCAAGGCCGAGAUUACGUUCGAUGACCAUAAAAACGGAUCAUGUGGUGUGUCUUAUAUUGCCCAAGAGCCUGGUAACUACGAGGUGUCUAUCAAGUUCAACGAUGAGCACAUUCCUGAGAGCCCCUACCUGGUGCCCGUCAUUGCGCCUUCUGAUGAUGCCCGCCGCCUCACUGUUAUGAGCCUUCAGGAAUCGGGAUUAAAGGUUAACCAGCCAGCCUCCUUUGCUAUCAGGCUGAAUGGGGCAAAAGGCAAGAUUGAUGCCAAGGUCCACAGCCCCUCUGGUGCCGUGGAGGAGUGCCACGUGUCCCAGCUGGAGCCAGAUAAGUACGCUGUUCGCUUCAUCCCCCACGAGAAUGGAGUCCACAUGAUUGACGUCAAGUUCAAUGGGAGCCACGUGGUUGGAAGUCCCUUCAAAGUGCGCGUCGGGGAGCCUGGACAAGCGGGGAACCCCGCCCUGGUGUCCGCCUACGGUGCAGGGCUUGAAGGGGGCACCACAGGUAUCCAGUCCGAAUUUUUCAUCAACACCACCCGAGCAGGGCCAGGGACAUUGUCCGUCACCAUCGAAGGCCCAUCCAAGGUUAAAAUGGAUUGCCAGGAAACCCCAGAAGGGUACAAAGUCAUGUACACCCCCAUGGCUCCUGGUAACUACCUGAUCGGCAUCAAAUAUGGCGGGCCGAACCACAUCGUAGGCAGUCCUUUCAAGGCCAAGGUGACAGGCCAACGUCUUGUCAGCCCUGGCUCAGCCAAUGAGACCUCCUCUAUCCUGGUGGAAUCAGUGACCAGGUCCUCAACAGAAACCUGCUAUAGUGCCAUCCCCAAGGCAUCCUCAGACGCCAGCAAGGUGACCUCCAAGGGGGCAGGGCUCUCAAAGGCCUUUGUGGGCCAGAAGAGCUCCUUCCUGGUGGACUGCAGCAAAGCCGGUUCUAACAUGUUGCUGAUCGGGGUCCACGGGCCCACCACCCCCUGUGAGGAGGUGUCCAUGAAGCACGUGGGCAAUCAACAAUACAACGUCACAUACGUGGUCAAGGAGAAGGGAGACUACGUUCUGGCCGUGAAGUGGGGGGAAGAACACAUCCCCGGCAGCCCCUUCCACGUCACAGUGCCUUAGAACCGUUCUCAUGAAAUCCUCGGGGCAGUUCUGGCAGUUGCUUUUGUUGCUUGUUUGUAACGCAUUUUAUAUGAAGUUCCCUGGCCUAUUCGUGGGCCUGAAACCCCACCCCUGACAUCUCCGCUCUAAAGUGCCUUCGGAAAGAAGUUCUAGACUUGAUUCUUUAGGGACGUGUUGGGGAAUCCUGAAAAAUGUAAACGCGAAUGGUCUAAGAAAAUUCCAUGUACACUUAAUUCAAAUCGGACCUCUUGGUGGCACAGAUAACCCACUGCAGACAGACCGAGAACACGGACAAGAUGGACGUUUUUAAAAAAUGAAAUUGGUUAUCCUAAGCUACUGAUUUACUUUUCAGCAUUUAGGAAACAAGACCAGGGACCAAUGGGGGAAAGAACACCUGUCUAAGUUGUUAUGUAGAAACAGAGAUGGGCUGGAAACUGUCUUCAUCUAGUCCAGUGCCCAUGUUACCUAAGGAAAGGCUGUAGGGUAACUACCAUUGUUUUAACACUACUCCCCCACCCCACCCUAUCCCGCCCCACCCCAAAUGCUCUGUGGCUUUUUGCAUUUCGAAAAGGGCAGAGCCUCUGUGGUAGCAAACUGGCCUCCAUGACUUCCAUGUGCCCCUUUCCUUUCUCUGCUGAUGGUUUACCUGCAGAGUCAUAAGGAGCCAGGAUCUUGGCAGCCAGGGUUUUGCUUUUCUUGAGCUCAUCCCAGUCGCUCGGUCUGGGGAAAUUCUGCAGUGGCAAGCCGCACCCCACGUGCCAAAGAUCCUUUUUUAACCAACACUAGCCCUCCUUUUAACACCCGCUCCAGCCUUUGUCAGUCUGAUGGGUGGGUCUCACCAAAGCAUUAAAAUGAUCGCAGGUGGGUCUGAGCAUUAGUGACCUCAUCGGCGAGGCCUGUCCUGCAAGAAAACACUCCCCACCCAGCCCUGGUCAGCUUCCUGGGUCACUUUUUCUGCAAAAUAAUUAUAGACAGGAAAGAAUGACGCUUCUGCAGACCUUUGGCCUGAAGGUCAGGGAAUUGAUGGGGAGGGAAGGGCAGCAGCUCACUGUGGUGGUGUGUACCCUUUGGCCGAAACAGUGAAAGCUGCACAGCCGAGACAGCGAGCGGCCCAAGUGUUUGGCCUUGACCACCUGUCACUCGAGGCUGUUUGGAAAGCAGCGUGCAGGCGCAAAAUUCCACAGUGGGGUGUGGGGCAUUUUGCAUGCCUACCUGCAGACAUGAGCUGGCCUUGGGAUAGAGUGAGUGUUUGGGAUGUUUCCUGGCUGCAGACCCCGGAUUUGUAGUGUGCUCUGUGUAGGUGAACCCUUCUGACUUGCUGCUCAGUCCUGAGGAAGGCGCUGCUGUCCUGGUGGGAGCCUCCACCGUGAGGGGUGAGGUGGGGGUCCCUCACCAAUGGGUAGCAGCUGGGGCGAGUGUUGGUAAAAACCCACCUAUCUGAAACUGGAGCAGCCCGGAGUCUAAUGUGAAAUGACCACAGGCGUUGUAAACUGGGACGUGGACGCAAAACUGGAAUCAAAUGACGGAUUGUAAAGUGUAUCUUAUAACUUAUUAAAUAAAACCUUUGCUCCAUAAA